AUGCCAGAAUCAUCGACAUCAAAAUCAAACUACUUGCAACUCACGUUGUCAGAUGAGUCAAAGGAAAGAAUCGUCAAAUUGUUGGACUACUCAAAAGUGAUUGCUCACUAUGGCUUCAUCCCCUUGAUUUUGUAUUUGGGCUGGUCCGCUACUCCAAGCAAACCAUCAAUCUUGAGUUUGUUGUCUCCAUUCCCAUCUGUUUAA